GAAUGACAUGGUAAAGAAAAGUACACAUUUUUAAUGUGCUUUUUCUUCUUUUCUCUUAGGUGACGCUACUCCAUCACCUAACUCGUACACCCUGCCAGCACUUCUUGGCCCCCAAGUUCCAAGCAAAAAUUCAUCUGCUUCCUACUCAAUGACUGCACGAGCAAAAACUGGUGGAUUUUCUGAGGAUCUUGCCAAGACACCAGGGCCUGGGCGUUACCGUACUGUAGACCCAUCUGUUACCAAACGAAAGGAUCCUUGUUACUCAAUGCUCACAAGAAACUUCAUGCCUGGAGAUUCUACUCAGAAGCCCGGACCAGGAGCACACAGCCCUGAGAAAGUCUACAUCAACAAACCAAGCCCACCUAAAUUCUCACUUGGAAUUCGUCACAGUGAAUUUAUCACACCUCUCAUCAUUGAUGUCCAGGACGAUUAAUAAAUGUUCAAAUCCAUCCGCCUUUCAUUUUUACUUUACUUUUCUUUUUGUUUUUGUUUAUUUUUUUCAUUUCUUUAAUUUCAAGAGAGUAAAGUCAAAGAUGUCAUGCAUGAAGUGAGUUUUGAUUUUUUUCUUAAGAAUUUUUUUUUUGUACUUUGAAAAUCUUUUUUGUUGUACCCAUUUUUUUUCUGUUAACAAUGGCACAGUCAGAAUCAUUGCUUCUUAUAAUGGUGCUGCAAAAGAGUAAUUUCAUAUUUAGAAUAGAAUUUGGAGAAAGCUCCUAUUAAGUGCAAUAUCUUUUAAAGCAACAAGCAUUUCUUUCUCAUCAGUGUAAUCACGUUUCAACAACAAACUGAUACUAUAAUGAACAUACUGUCUGAAUAUUCAUAUUAUUUAUCUAACCAAGAGUGUUAUAAUGAUCUUUUCAUGGAAUGUUGAUGCCCAAAGAGGGAGCUAUUAAAAGUGGAGCUAUAGAAAAUGAUACUCUGUAAAUUUGUACAUUAUUCUUAAAUAAAUACAUUGCAAUAUUA